AUGGCUGAUCCAUAAAAAAUAGUUGGCAUUGUAUUUUCUAAAUUAGAAAGUCAACGUUCUCAUCCUACUUAUAUCAUAGAAACUAAAACUGGCAAUCUUAUCUAUAGACAAGCUGCUAAUUUACCUUCUGAAUAAAUUGAGAAAUUUAACCUUAUUUUCAGUAAACAAAUUGCUGAUAAAUUGUAUCCCUCAUAAGAAAAGAGACUAUUCUAUAAGGGAACUGAAUUAGAUGUUCCUGAUGUAGAAUUUGAUGAUGAUGAUGAUUUUGAAGAUUCCAAAUCCACAAAAUAAUAAUGUAAUUGUCAAUCUAAAUAAACUAAAAAAUUGACAGAAUAAACUAUAAAAUCAUAUGAAUAAUCAUAACCAUCUUCUAAAUCAACAAUUAAAUUAUCAUCCAAUACAAUCCUAGUGUAUGAUAAAAUUGAUGGAGAAUUUAAAUAAGCAAAUAGAAUCGAUAGCAGUUUAAUUAAAGAAAUUAAGAAUUGGGAAUAAACAUAGAUUAGUAAAAAAAAACAAGUGAUGCUUUGUAUAUCUGAAAAUUGCUUCGUUAAAUUAGCUGAUUUAAGAUUUAAGAAUCCAUCAUUGGUUCUUGAUUUUGUUUUGAAUAACUGUAUACUUGUUAAAUGA